AUGAAAAUCUUAUUGUAUUUAAUAUCAUUUAUUCUCUGGUAUUAUAAAGGAUAUUGUAAACAACCAUAUUUUCCUCGUCAAGUUGUUUUUUCCAUUGGUAAUGAUACAACAAUAAUUGCAAUUGAUGAAAUAAAUCAACGUGCUUAUCAAUCAAUUAAAUAUAGUUUUGAUCCAACACCACAAAUAAGUUAUGCUUUGCAACAUUUUCCAUAUGCAAUUCCUGGUUCUCCUCAAUCAAAAUAUUAUGUACAGUUAGUAUUAGGUGAUACAUCAAUCACAUCUUGUGAAUAUACAACAUAUUGGAAAUAUGGUGGAUAUUAUUUGAAUGUAUUUCCAUCACAUUGGCUUAAUGGAAGUUCAUUUGAAAUAAAAAAUUAUCUUAAUUUUACUUAUAAAAUGAUACAUUCAAAUAAUUCUUCUUUAGAUGAAGAUUAUUGGUAUACAAGUGAAAAAUGUGAAAUUGAGGAUGGAAGUGAACCUCCAUGUCAAGAAAUUUUUUUCAAAAAAAAUACAGAAAUUCCUCUACGAUUAACUCAAGUUGUUUAUCGAGGAUUUAGAUUUAUACAAACAACAAUAAAUUAUAAUAUAAUAUCAAUUGGAAAACCAGAUGAUAAAUAUUUUAAUUCAAUUCCAAAAAAUUGGCCUACCACUUGUGAAGAUGUUGAUCUUGGUCUUUCAUAUUAUCCACAAUCUGCAACAAUUAAAUUAAAUAAAAGUGCAGAAUUUCAUGUUUCUCUUUCUACUCCACCACAUCGAAUUGUUGGAAAUGGUACUGUUCUUGUUCAAUGGAAUACAACUCAAUGUAUUGAUUGUUUUACAUUAUCACCAAAAGAAUUUACUUUUAAUAUUAAUAAUUUUCAAAAAAAUCAAAUAUUAACAAUAACUCGUAUUAAAAAUUCAUCUGGAUCAGUUAUUAUUCCCAUUUUAUAUGGUGAAGGUUAUGAAUUUAUUCCACCAGAAAGAUUUCAAAUUUAUAUUGAUUAA